UGUGGGAAGUUUCCUGUUUUGAAAAUUAAACAACUGGUGUCAUUAGUUCAGCGCUCAGUGGGAUUUUGCAUCAGCUUCUUUCGCUCUAGAGGUGUAAACGGUGGAGGAGCCAUGCCUUUCCUCCAUGGGUUCCGACGGAUCAUCUAUGAGUACCAGCCGCUUGUAAACGCUGUUAUGCGUGUGGUUGGGAUAGCAGAAGAAGAGAGCAAUAAUGAAAACAGUCCCGAGGAAGAGUCCAGUCGGUGUAGCUCUUUGGUGAAGCUGCUGGAGCAAGAGUCCCAGUCUGAGGUGUUCCUGGAAGGCAUCAGCUACGCCCUGUUUAAAGUGGCAGAGAGGGGACUGGUGUAUGCAGCCAAGAUCCUCCUACGAUAUGGAGCUGAUAUAAAUUUUGAAGGUGAGCAUUCAUAAGUUGAUUCACAGAUGCCACUUUUUUUUCCUCCAUGAAAAAACAACUCUGACAAAUUAAUUAACAUUGGAGCAAAGUCAGCAAAUACUGCCUCGUUUUUAAUAGUGAAGGGGUAGACUUGUGGGUUUGUUUUUGCUCCCAUAUUUUUGGACCCCUCAAAAAUGGAAUCAAACUGCAUUUGGACAAAUUUGUGAAGUUUUGGUUAAUUAUCAUUAUAGUUUUGCACACAAAUAAGAAAAAAAAAAGUAUUAGAAAUACUUGUUAAAGUUUAGUGUGACUCUUCUUCAUCAGUCCAGCUCAGCCUGAGUGAUGAUUUGGAAACAAAAGUUGCUUUGUGAUUUUUGUCUGCCCCAUUUAUAGGAAAAGUAAGGAAAGAUAAACAACAACACUUCUGCAUCUCUCCAAUUCUCACAGUAAAAAAGAAAAAAA